AACACGACGCGCAGCUCCCGGUAGAGAGGAGACAGAGAGCCGGGGAGCUCGCAUCCUUUACGGGUGAAAAUCUGACCAGAGCCGGUGGAUUGUACACACAUCCGACAGGGAACGGAUGCAGGAAAGUGGUUUGAAUUAUUAUUAUUGUUAUUAUAUCUUUUAACAAGACCGAUUUUUUUUGUUAUUCUUUAUUUUUAUUUUGGACAUACAACUUAAAUGGCAUGGAGCGAGCUACUUAAGUGAGCCUCGUGCGCAAAGAGCAGCAUGAAGUCCAGGUGUCCCGCUGGGAUCUGAGAGGGAAGAAUUUGGCGUCCCUGUGGUACAGAUGGACCCCCGACUCUGUUCCACCACAGCCCUGAAGGGACCAGCUUUUUGAGUCGACUUGCACGGACGUAUCCUACAAGGAUUCACACAUCAACUCUGAGUUAUUGGCCUUUCUGAUUGGACGUUGCCUCAGUUCAUCCAGGCUUUUGUGUCUUCUAGAUUCCACAAUUUCUCUUUUCCUUUUUAUAUUUUGGACUCGAAGUUUGGCCUUAAAGUUAGAUGCAGUUGCAGCUUUAUUUUUCCAUCCGAAAAGAUUGAAACCUUUUCAGCAACCACCACUGACUAAGUGUGGAUUAUUUUUAAAGAGGUCUGGUGGAGCCUUUGGAGUAUUUAAAUAGAUAUUAGCUGCUGCUGAUUUCAAAAACAUCUGGAUGGAUACAGCUGAUUAACAUGCAGAAAGAAAGAUUUGCUUUAUUUCCUGCAUGUUAAAUUGAAUUUUUGGAACAAUUUACCAGCUUUUACACCAUUGGGUAACUUUGAAAUGAAUAUAGACUCUGAUAUCAGUUGAAAUGUGUUUAUCUUUUGAUAUUUCAAAAAGGGCAUUAUCAAGAUUUUCUUCAUUUUUUUUUUUUACAGUGAAUUUACUGGUGUUGCAGCUCUUGCACAGUAGGUUUAUCCUUUAAAAAAUCUGGACCAAAAUCAUAUUUUGUUUGCCCAGUUUCUGCUGUCACGUUUUAAACUUGGAACACCCUUUCCUUUAUAUUCAGUGGCAAGCCGUGGCUGACACCAAGCCAAUUAACCUCAUCAUUCACUCUUGGCAUUUAGUUCUUUGUGAACCUUUUUCAAGGAAUAUCAUUUAAAUUACGUUUCAUUUAAUGAGGAUGAUAAUGUAGAUGAUAGCACAUAUGAUUGAGGAUGCUACUUUUAAUUGACGACCCUUCUUAAACAUGACCUAGGCUGUAACUGUGAAUCAUAUAUAAUAUUCAGAAAUGUAACAGCUAUGUGUCAGUGAAGCUAAAGAUUAUACCUAAUGUUACUGGAUUUCCUCAUCAACCAUCCAUGUGAACCUUUUUAAAUUGAACUUAUUGCCAUUUACCUUUGAAAAGGAGAUUCUAAGGAUCUUGGAUAUCAUUUUCUUGAUAAUUAAAGAAAAGUAAACUAGUAAACUAAACUAACAAUUAAAGGAAGCAGAAGCCAUUUUAAUGUCUAUCUAAAGAAUUGAAAGAGCGUCCAUCUUGAAACAAACCAAAGUAACCGAGUAUUGGAUCUUAUUUCUUGUCAUAUAUAUAUUUUUUUUCAAAGCAUCAGUAUUUAAGUCACGUGACUGAAAUGUUGCAGACAGAAACAUAAAGCUCUUUUGGACUGCUCUUAAAUGCUUUUAUUUUGUAAGCUCUCCCCUUGGAUUACAGCCCAGAGGAAAGCAAUGUCAGCAAUUUGAUUUUUUACUGGAUGUGAAAAAGUGACAGAAUUUUGCUUAUUGACCCUGGAAACACAAGACACAAGCUUGCACAGAUUGACAACGUCCAAAGGGCCACGCUUACGUCCCAUCCUGUGUAGCUUAAAUCACUUCUUCCUGUCUUUGGGGGAACUCUCAGCCCUUCCUGUCCCCACCAUGGUGAUGUCUCAGGGCACUUACACAUUCCUGGCCUGUUUUGCCGGCUUCUGGUUGGUCUGGGCCAUUAUCGUCAUGCUCUGCUGCUUCUGCAGCUUCCUGCAGCGCCGGUUGAAGCGCCGCCAGGAGGAGAGGCUGAGGGAGCAGUGUCUGCGAACCGUAGAGAUGGAGCCACUCGGUUGCCCCCCUACAGGAUACCCACUGCCACCUCCUCCUCUGCCUCCUCCUCCACCCUUACAGCUGCCCAGAGAUCCCCCGCAAUUCUGUCCUCCUCAAACCCUGUCGCCACCUGUCCCUCUGCAGGUUCCCCAUCCCAUGCCGCAGGCAAACUGGAUCAGCAUGCCAGACACAGACGUAUUUGGGAAGCCGCCCUGCUAUGAGGAGGCAGUUCUGAUGGAGGAUCCUCCUCCACCCUACAGUGAGGUCUUGUUGGACCCGCGGGGAGGCACCUAUCUGAAACCCGUCCCUCCCCGAGCUGCACCACCGCAGCCUCCACCCUUUAGGGAACACCAGGAUCCAGCUCCGGUGUUCACAACCGAAACCAGCAAGCCUCCUGUGACGGCGGUAUUCCCCGAGCGAGGUUACUCCUCCCUCAUACGCCUGCCUUCCUCCCAGCGCUGGGACUCAUUGGGUCAUCUCUUAUCCAACAUGGAUCUGAACCACAACAACCUCACGCCGCCGGGUGCACGGUCCAUCCAAGCCGCUACCGCGAUGGCGACCAUGCCCCGAAGAGAGCCCAGGACUCAACACGGGCUACGAGGGGGAAUUCAUGGACUCCAAGGAGGCAUACAAGGACUCAGUGGAGGGAUACAAGGACUCAGUGGAGGGAUACAAGGACUCAGUGGAGGGAUACAAGGACUCAGUGGAGGGAUACAAGGACUUCAAGGGGGGAUUCAUGGGCUUCAGGGUGUUCAUGGACUAAGGGGACUGGAGCCCAGUUGCGGCUUGCCAACAGCCUUCCCCUUGCUGGGUCGUAGCACCGCUGUCUAGACCUGGAUAAUUAGCACAGAAGUCUUACUAACCAAUAAGUAGGUCCAUCUCUAAAGAGCCUUCAAGCAGGAGAUCUAUGAAGACAGACUUCCUGUCGAUAUGCCUCCUUUGCUGCUCAGUGUUUACAGCACUAUCAGCGCUAGUAGAAGAGAUUUAAUCCCCUAAAGAGCCAAAAUAGGGUUAAAGUUGUGCGAAAGGCAUCAGGAGUUCAAUUCCCCAUGCAGCUCUGUUGCUGGGAUCAUGGCUUUCGGAUCGGAGUAAAAGAGGAAAUUAAACACAACGUCUCACACCGGUGUGGUUGAGUUACAGAGGCAUGCUGGUGUCAGUGAAAACAAUUGACUGUUUCAAACAAUGGAAAGGAUAAAUAAAAGGUCCAGUAAUAAUGCCAAAGGAUGAGCAACAAGCACAGCUGUUUUUCCACCUUUUCGUCCUUCAUUUUUUAUCUCUCCCUUUCCUCUCUCCCUUUCCUUGUGUUCAUCCCCGCUCUCCUCUCGUCUCUCUGUGCCGGUGCAACCUAUUGUACCAGCCUGCCGUUGCCAUGGCUCCUGGGAACUGUCUGUUGCUCACGUCGACCUCUCCUCUUCUAUCUGUGCGAAAUUUCCGAAAGACUCUGUUCACAGCUCGUCUCAUCUCAAGGACUGCAAGUAUUAAUGGUUACAAAAGAGCACGUGGUGUGAGCCUUCAGUGGAGAGUCGGCCACCAUGUUUGUGACGUUAGAGCUCCGAAGGCCAGUUUUCACAAAGACAGACAAAACCAACUUAGAGUACAACAAGCCUUCCAGAGAACCAAGCGUACUUGGAUUGCAUUUUGUAACAUGCUGCGUUGUUGUUUCUAAUGACUUUAUGGCAAACUGUUGCGGUUUGGCCUAAAUCUGGUAGUCUGGGCCCUUUUUGUGGCCACGGAAUGGCAAUGUCUGGGUCAUUUGAGUGAAAAAACACACAUUUUUCUUGUACAAAUGUUGCUAUCAUUCUCUUAAGCUUUGUGAUAAAUGCUCAAA